UAUGUUGCCCCCAUCCUAUCGACGACCCGCCCGGCGCUCUUCCCCCGGGCCGCAUUCCAUCAAAGCCAUUCCAGACCGUCUCCGAAUCAAUAUACAUAUUAUCUCUAACUUAUCUGCGUCUCCGGCGAGAGCAGUCCGUUGAUCCGCACCGCAGUCGCCACGCCAAGCCCUCGGCAUGAACAAGCAAGGCCCCGCAUACCAACCCGUGUCGGGCGAUGAUGCUGCCCCGCCCGUCCGGAAACGGGGCAUAAAACGCAGCGCUGUCCUCUUUGCGGUGUUGCUCUCGAUCGUCCUGAUCGGCCUCGCAGCAGCAUCCAUGUCCCAGCCACUCAGCUCCCCCGCCCCCGCCAACCUGUCGGCCCUCAGCGCCGAGUUUUCGACCCUCCGCAGCGUCAAGGGCCACUUUGAGGGCGGAGACGACUUUAUUCCCGAUGUCGAUGGGCCCAAUGGCAAGAAACGCCAGACCAUGAAUGCCCUUCUCGCCGUCUUGGGACAGCCCGGCACUCCGGCCGCAAGCAUCUUCGAGGCCAUGGGCAAGCCCGACGAGGUCUCGACCUCUCCCGAUGUCUUCCAGAACGCUGUGCCUCUUCUUCCCGGUCCCGUCGUCCCCACCGCCGGCGCUCCUCAGACCUCCGAAGCCAUGUAUCUGAUCUACUACUGGCGGGGCCGCCACGAUUACCUGUACUUCCAGGUCGAUGCUGGCGAGAAUGUAGUCCGUGCGGCCUGGUUCAAUGCACUUGAUUAAGCCAAGCCGAUGCUCUUGGCAGCGGACAGUGCACAUGCAGUGGUUUUUUGGUUCGCAAUAUACAUCUUUGUUUGACGACGAC